UGUUCUUGUUGUGCGCUGACAUCUGCUCUCUGCAGGGAUGGAUAUCUCCCCCAUCGACCUCAUCAACAUCGAGAGCUUCUCCAGCCGGGUGAUCUCGCUGUCCGAGUACCGCAAGGGCCUGCAGGAGUAUCUGCGCUCCAAGAUGGGCCAGGUGGCUCCCAGUCUCUCCGCUCUCAUCGGGGAAGUGGUGGGCGCCCGUCUGAUCUCCCACGCCGGCAGCCUGACGAACCUGGCCAAGUACCCAGCCUCAACGGUGCAGAUCCUGGGGGCGGAGAAGGCCCUCUUCAGGUACAGCUGCAGGGUGGUCGUGGUGAUGGCAGGCUCCUGGGCCGCUGGGCUUGACACGUUGGCCAGACAUGGCUGCAUGCGUCAGUGAUAAACCAGCCCCAGUCUCUGAGCGACCACCGAGGCUUUUCCUUCACUCUUGCUGAACGGUUGGGUCUGUCCAGGGAACCUAUGCAGCAGGUUAGCUGUUCUGA